AUGAAUAUUAAAAUAAUAUUUUUAUUAAGUGCAUUGUGCUUGGCCCACAGCAGCGCAAGCCGAGCCGAGGACCAAUGCCAGCUAAGCGAGCGCACAAAAUCAAAUAAAUAUACGCAACUCGAUGAUGAUUGCUGGGAACUCUUGCUGAAGGGCGAAUGGCUGGUGGGCUUCUGUGCUCCAUUCAUCAUUCCCUGUGUGACGUUCGAUCGCGUGUGGACGCAGCUGGCCGUGGAGCUGCAGCGGGAGAACUGCAGCGUGCUGGUGGCCAGCAUGAAGCCGGAGUACACGGAGAUUGUGAUCAGACGCUACUCGCUGAGCAAGCUGCCCAGCAUAUUGCAUGUGAAGAACGGGGUCUUUCGCCUCCUGCCAGUGUCCUAUGACUUGCAGGAGCUGAAGCAGCUGGCCUAUUGGAAAUGGAACGCUACGAAGCCGCUGCCGUACUGGCAGGAUCCGAAGGGACUCGUCAUCAGCGCCUACAUUGCCUACAUCAAGGCCAUUGAGCACAUCUACUAUGCGGACUGGUGCACCAUGGACUACGAGCGCGUCACUUGGCUGGUGCGCUUUGCCGUCCUGCUGUUCUGCUGCAUGUUGCUUACUCUCAUAUGCAAUGGCCUUGGCUAUCUUUGGUGUAAGUGCGCUGCGGCCAGGAAGGCCAAGAAAUUUCUGCCCAAGCAGUCGUCGCUAGUUGUGGAGCAGCCUGGCGAGCCAAUCAUUUGGAUUUGA